CAUAACAUCGUAGGCAAAGGAAAUGAUGAAAAACAAUGCUCCCGUAAUGCACGAGGAAAAGCACGGUAUCAAAACAUAAACACCAACAAGGAAGCAAAAAAAAAACUAUUUUGGACCAAACGCGGACAAAAGGACAUAAAGGACAAUUAGAAUAUACAUAAAAUGUGAGAAGAAUGUGAGGCAGCAAGCAGAGUGCUGUUUGGUCAAAGCAGGCAAGGAUAAUCAAAUUCGAAUCCCGCAGGAUAAAUAGUAUAAACCAAAACAAAAGCUAAACCAAACAAACAUUGAGGAGAGGCUGAACAUUACGAAUUAAAUACCACCAAAAUGUUAAACGCCUUCAAGCGAAGAUUUCGCACCAUUUUGCAGCGUUUCCUACUCCUGGCCAUAUUGGGUGCGAUUUUUAUGCUGGUUGUGUCGUACAUGAAUUUGGAAUUUUGCUAUAAAAUUAUGUCACAAAAUAGUCUGACAUAUAUGUGUAAAAAAUACAAGAAUUAUGAAUACAGUGGCUCACUGUGCGAGGAGUUGUGUGCAAAUGAGCAAUCCUUUAAGUCCUUCAAGUGUCCUCAGGCUGAUAUGGGCACCAUUAUGUUUACAGCAGAGAAGAAUGGUGAUGUCUAUGCCGUGAAGUUGGCCCGUCACAUUAAGGAUGAUUUGAGUUGGAUCAACAGUCAGGGCAUUCAAGUCUAUCCUAAGAUUGAGAAUUUUCAUCAUAUUGUUAAAAUGCAUAUAACCCUCACCUACAAUGUGACAUUGGAUGAUAAUAUGAUAAAGGCUUUGGUCAACCAGGAGAUUGACAAAAAUAAUCCCCAUCAAAUGCUUAAUUUUUGGAGACUCUUCAAGGACAACAAUUACAUGAUGAGCAAGCUGUACGAUGAAGAUAGUCUCUUUCCAACAGUAUUAGGUUCAUGUGGACCCUAUUAUGCCACCGAAAAUUUGAAUAUUUUAAAAACUGAGCAGAGUUUAUUACAGUAUAUAUCAUCCGAUUGGCAAAAACGUCUAAAGUAUGCUUUAAGCCUUAUGGAGUUUGUUUUCAAGAUGGAUGAAAUGAAACCGGAGCCAUUGAGAAUGUGCAAAAUGAAAAUAAGCAAUUUUGGAGUAACUGGUGAUAAGAGAAUCAAAUACGAAAACGCCGAACAUGUCUAUGUGGAAACUAAAAUCGACAAACGCCUCUCGGAUGGCUCAGCCUGUGAGGACGAUAGCGACUGUAACUUCCACUACUGCAUGGGCAAAUGUGAUGCCAAGACAUUGACCUGCAAUGGUCUACAACAAAAUAAUAAUUUACAAAUAUUUUGUGAUAAAAUUCUCAAAGGCGGUGGCCUUUUUCCAGGCCUAUUGGCCUCUGCCAAAACUCCCAAGAAUCUCAUGAAGAUGGUUAAAAAUUGCAUAGAUCCUUCAAAGUUUAGCAAUUUGCAUGUGCCCGAUAGACCGUAUGCUCCGAAUACGGAAUUGGCCCUGCGACUAUACAAUGAAAUGAAACGUUUGCACAAAGUGGAACCGCCCAAGGAAACAAUGGCUGUGGUAGGAGCCAAUUAAAUUGAAUCGCUCGUGAAAGUGAUAAACUAUGGAUGUCUGGAUGAUUGAGAGCGAGAGAGAGAGCAUGAACGAACAAUACAAUAAUGUGAAUUCCUUUAUGGAGAAUAGGACUUAAAGUCCUUUCUCUUUCAGAUAGAAGCAAGCAAAACAUUGUCUAAGUACUUUAUCAAAUACUUUAUAAUCGUAAGAAUACAUGAUAAACCCUCCUUAACAUUUUAAUUAGGUUAGAGUAGUGCAACUAAAAGUCUAAACUUAAUGUUCACCUUUUUUUAACGUCUUCGAAAAAAGAAAAAGAAAUAAAGACAGACAAUUAUUAUAGGAA